AUGAAUAACUUAUUUUCUUUCGAUGCUGAUUAUGAUUACAAUAGCAUUAUAAAUGCUUACAUAGAUGAUAAUAAUGUUUAUAUAAAUUAUGAGACUUCUAAUAAUGAUAUUUAUAUGAAUUAUAAUGAUGAAGAGAGGGUAAUUGAGGAAGAUGAAUCAGAUUUAGAGUGUGAAUAUGAAAAAAAUACUGUACCUAUAUAUUCUUUAGCUGAAGAUCAGAUUUUAGAUAGUUUGAAUGUUAUAGUCAAGAGAAAGUUAACUAAUAAUAUAUCAUCUGGAAUGUUUACUGAUGAUAUAUUUGAUGCAUUUGUUAUUAAACUUGAACAACUAGUUAUUGAUUUAAAUCUUGCACAUAUUUGUGAAUAUUUAGAUAAUAUAGCUUGUGAGGCUGAAACAUGCACUGAAAGUGAACCUGCAAUUUCAACAAUAGCAAAUAAUCAGUUUGGAUCAUUUAAACAUAAUAUACAUAUUAAUUUUGCAGAUCUUGAUAAUAUUUGUAGUAGCUAUGUUUUUACAAGUAAGGUUCAUAAUGAGAUGUCACUUAAGAAACAAUGA